GUUUGUUAAUGCUUUAGAUUUGCAGGAGACAUUUCGCUGCCCUAGGAAUUGGUUUUUCUGGAAUGAGUCAUGUUACUACACAAAACCCGGGAGCUUUGGCUACUUUGCUGCACAAGAAAUAUGUGCGGACAAUCUUGCGAGUCUUGUGGAGGUGAAGUCGUCAGAAGAACAUCAGUUUGUCUCCAACAUUCUGCGCAAAUCAGGAAUAUCUCAAGCGUUUGUUGGCGUGACGACCGAGACCUUGCCUGAUGGUAGUGUACAAUCGUCCUACUCCAACUUCAGACCUGUGGAGUAUGCACGCUGGCAGCCGGACAUGUCUACCAGUACCAACCCCUGUACUGCGAUGUCAUGCCAUGCGAAGGAGUGCACAUAUAUAGAUGUCUCGUGUCAUUAUCCCCAGGGUUAUAUCUGUGAAAAACCGGCAGCUGCUGCCUGUUCGCCGGGUUGGAGGAGAGUUGGUGAUGUUUGCUACUACAAGUACGUACAGCCAAGUCUGUCAUACAUAACGAGCCAGUACUGUCGAGAUGCAGGUUUCCAGCCAGUCGUUCUCAGCAGUGACGCACAUGCAGCAGAACUUGUCGUCAUGCUCGGAAUCGGCACUCUUGAAUACUGUCUGACUGACGCAAUACUUGUUAAUGAUUCGUACAUAUGGGAGAGUACUGGAAAUGCCACUUACUUUAACAAGACAUGGACAGGAAGUCGAAGCAAACAGUGCAUAUCACUGACCGGUUCUACCAGCAUCAACGGACCAUAUGAGAAGUGUAACACACCCUGCAUCAUAUGUCAGUAUGACGUGAACAUGGAUUUUUAUGUAGAUGGAAUACAGUUUUACCUCAGUGCUCAAACCCAGACUGAAAUACAAAAUGACAUCACUAACUCACAAGAAUCCCUCUCAGUGAACAAGAUGAACUGUAGUUUUUCUGUCUCAUCUCUGGUUGGAAACGCUGUUGUGUGUAAUCUGACGGACCCGAGAUCGAAGCUCACUGAAGUGAUGAACUUGUCCGUCAACGGAACGGCCAUUGAAGUGAAACAUCACCUGGGUAAAACUAUCCUAGGAGUGGACGGUGCUUUCUUUAUCAAACCCAGUGACAUCGACAACUGUCUCAUGGAUAUCACGUUUUGUGCUAAUGGCUUCACAGUGGCAUUGUGGGUGUUUAUACAGCAACAGGCAGAAUAUGUGUUAUUUAGAACCCACGAAAUGGCAAAUAAUGGCAUCAUAAUCAGAUAUAACAACAGUGUUUUGUCAGUGACUGUGUAUGAACCACUCUACGUGUGGCAGGCGUGGAGCUACCUGGCGACCACCGACUGGCUCUAUGUCACCGCGACCUGGCACGAGACGUUAGGCUUGUCUCUGUACAUCAACUCUCACCUCGUUUCCACGGACACGAAACCACGACAACACCAGAGAGAAGUCAGCUCUACAGCGCUGAUUCUGUUCGGUGUCAGAGAAGAAGGAAACGAGACGUCGACGACUUCUCGCAAUGACAGCGGCGUAUUCUUGAAAGAUUUCUUGUUUCAGGAAAACACGGUCUGGACUGAAAGAGAAAUCAAGAAAACUUAUGGUGACUGGCAUCAUUAUUACCACCUGUCGUUUGACGAGCAGUACGCCCCGGGCUGGGACAACAUGCAGCCCGUUCUGGACGACACACUGACGAGCUACACGUGGAGGAACGCAUUCUUCAGGAACGCUCUCUUUGUCAACAACAGUGGUGGAGUCGCCACGGCGGGACGUCUUGAUGACCACAUGCUAAACUGCUUUACCAAACCAGGUGACGGUUACCUGUGAUUUGUUAUAGUGCUUUUCAUCUCAUAUAGGUACAUCCACUCACCUCCGCCCCUGCCCCCACCUGCUUUACCAAACUAGGCAAC